AUGUACUUGCCGCGCUCGUUAAUCUCCAAGCUCUAUAUACACCUACAAAAUUCGCGACAUCCCCUCUCUCCUCCCGUUCUCAUUCUCGUCGCCCUCGAGCCCGACGCCCUAUGCGGCUGCCGCAUCCUGGCCCGCCUGCUCAAGCAUGAUUACAUUCCGCACAAGAUACAUCCCAUCUCGGGCUACGCCGACCUCGAAAAGGCCGGCAAGGAGCUUGUUGCGCCCAUGAUGCAGUCACAGGGCGGCGCCGGUGGUCUUGUCGUCUGCCUCGGCGUCGGUGGCAUGAUUGAUCUUGGCCCACUGCUCGGGCUCGAACCCGAGGGCGACGAGAAUCCUUACAGCGGCGUCGAGGUCUGGGUGCUUGAUGCUCACCGUCCUUGGAAUUUGGCCAACGUCUUUGGCGGCUUUCCACUGCAGCCCUCCUCGGACGCCGCAGUGUCCUACCAGUCGCGCAGCCCGGUGGGCGUAUCAGGUGGCGGAAUUGGGCGCGCCUACAACUCCGACCGCGGCGGAAUCGUUGUGUUUGAUGACGGUGACAUCGAGGAGGAGCUGUCAGCCGAGCGUGGUGCGUAUCUCGCGUUGGUAGAUAUGCCAGAGGUAGAGGAUAAUGGCGACGACGACCAAGGACUGAGCGAUGACGACGACGACAACCCUUUAGAACCCCGAGCUCUUGCCGGCCAAAAGCGCAAGAGCUCGUCCGGCAACCAAGACGACUGGAGCGAUGACGACGAUGAUAGACCUCAUCAACGGCGGCGGAGUAACUCGUCGAGCCCGCUUCCCUCAUCGAGACGCCCAGCACAGCGAGGACUGGUAUCACUUCGAGACCCCGACGCCGGACUAUCUAGCGACCCCAUCGAGCCUCCAUCUGGCGCACAGGAGCCGCCCGCGCCCUCGGCCCGUGCCCUGCGACGGAAACUUUUGCGAAUGCGAAGUGAAAACGAGACAGUACUACAACAAUACUACAAGAUGGGAUCGUCAUUUUCAGACCCAAUCUCCUCCAUGAUGUACUCGUUGGCGUCGGAGCUUGGUCGCGAAGACAAUGAUCUGCUGUGGCUAACUAUUGUCGGUGUGACAUCAAUGGAGUUGUACGGAAAGUCGUCGGCGGGUGUGGCCGCGCCGGUCCGAGGCUCGGACAAUAAUCGCCCAACAGGAUGGAUGGGAGUGCGUGGUGCACGCCUUCGCCAGCUGCUGCGAGAUGAAGUGCGCCGAUUGAACCCCCCGGAAAUGGCCAACGGGCGUGUUGCUCCUGAGAACACGGGCGUCAUCCCGACCACGGCGCGCAACCCCGAAGAUACAGGCAUCAGACUAUCCCCGGAGCCGCGCUUCCUCCUCAUCCGCCAUUGGAGCUUAUACGACAGCAUGCUACAUUCUCCAUACUUGUUCUCGCGUUUAAAGACGUGGAGCGAGAGUGGAAUCAGGCGCCUGCACAAGCUACUGGCCAAGAUGGGCGUCAGCCUUGCGCAGUGUAAGCAGAGCUACACGCACAUGGACAUGAUGCUGAAGCGAGAAUUGCGAGCCAAAUUGCUUCAAUACGGCAAGCUAUACAAUCUGGAAGAGAUGGUACCGGCAGUGGACACGGACGGCAAAGACCGGGGAGGCGCCAAAGACGGAUGGGGGUUCGUGCGGAGCUGGGGCUGGCGCGCAACACUGUCUGCGCAAGAUGUCGGCGUAGUGAUUGGGGCCCUGCUCGAAGUAGGCAAGCACACAGAGGCCUUGGGUCUGGCUUACGCGGCCAGCCAGGCCAGCCGCGAGGUCGAAGACGACGCCGAAGUUGCCGCUCAGGGCGAAGAGUGGAUUGGGCGAUUCUGGGAAGCCUACGACGCGCUCGAGGACAUUGAUGCUCUGAAAGCGGGCCUACCUACGGCGCAAUUUCUGCAUCGAGCCAUCUACAGAACCGGCACGUCACUGAUUAACAAGAAACAAAUCAAGCAUUUGCGAGCAUUCCGGCUAUGUGUUGUCAAGGAUGGCCCCGACGUGUCGCUGUUUACCCAUCCUUCGGCGUUGACGAAACUGUCGCUAUGGAUCGGCGAGGCCCUCGUCGAGCAAGAGAGAGAAGCACAGGGAAAGCUGUCGCACGGGGGGCGCGGAACGCCCUUGGUGGUGGCCAGUCUGCACGAGAAGCGCGGCGUCUACGUGGUUGUUGGGACGGGCGGGGGUGGCGGCCCCGACUCGACCUUUAUGGCAAAGGAAUCGGCAAAGCAUCGGCAGCAGGCCAAGGAGGUCAGGGCGAAGAAGAAGGAGGAGUCUCGUCUGGCCAAGGAGCAGGUCAAGGCGCAGAAGAGAGCAGCCAAGGAAGCGGCGGGCGAGGACGUAGACGAGCUCGAGACCGAGUCGGAGGGCUCGGAUGGGUCAGAUUCGGAUGAUGAUUCAGACUUGGACGAAGAGGAGCACGGCAAGGGCUACGGCCUGAACCGGUUCGGCAGCGCAUUCCAAGAAGUUGUGGCCGAGACGAGCGCGCGUGUGCGGAUCGACAGCUUCGAGCACUGCGUGGUCGAGGUGAAGAAGGAAGACUUGGGUGGCUUCCUGGAGAGCCUAAGUAUGAAGGCGGUUGUUGGAUAA